AUGAGAGUGAAGUUUUUGAAUAUACCACGUAAGAUGAAGCACUCUGUCAUCAACAUCUGUGUCAGUGUUCUGCUGCUGAUUAUUGGCUUCACUAUGGGUAUAAAACGUACGGAUCAUGAGAGGGCUUGUCAGAUUGUCGGGAUAGUGUUACAUUAUCUCUCUAUGGUCGCCAUAUUCUGGUUUACAAUUACAGCAAGCAACAUGUUGAAGAAGUUUACAAAGGCGGAGAAGCCACCACCACCACCUGCUGACUUCCCGAUGCCUUUACCACCCAAACCAAUCAUCAGGUUCUACCUGUUGGCCUGGGGUGUGCCUACAAUUAUCUGUGGUAUAACUGCUGCAGUCAGCUUCGAUUUCUACGAUGAAUACGAUUAG